CUCGCGCGCGCGCGCACGACUCCUUUAACACGGUGGUGCCAUCUCCGCCCCUUCCUUUCCUCGGCGGCACAGCAGCCCCCUCUCUCCUCCAGGCCCGGGAAAAGGCAAACGGCGACGAGAGCAGCCCCUGCUGCCCUCUGGAGCCGGCGGCCCGGUGGGGCGCGGCCAGUGCAUGAGGGCAGCGGGUGGAGGCGCAGAAGAAGAAGAAGGAGGAGGAGGCGGGGGCGGCGGUGAGUCCCGCCCGCCCGCCUGCCUGGGCACUGGCAGCCUCUACCGCCGCCUCCGCUGCUUUCCGGGGCCCGGGAGGCUGAGGCCGCCGCGUAGCGCCCGGGACAUGCGGCCUCUCCAGCCGCAGCCAUUGCCGAGGAGACGGAGAACAUGAGGCUCCGCAAUGGCACCUUCCUCACGCUGCUGUUCGGCUGCCUCUGCGCUCUCUUCUCGCUCUCCUGGUACGGGGCCUUCGGCGGGCACAAAGGUGAUGUUGUGGACAUCUAUCAGCGAGAGUUCCUAGCGCUGAGAGACCGCUUGCACGCUGCAGAACAGGAGAGCCUCAAGCGAUCGAAGGAGCUGAACUUAGUCCUAGAUGAAAUAAAGCGAGCCAUCUCUGAGAAGCAGGCCCUGCGGGAUAUAAACCGGACGUGGAGCAGUUUAUCUGAUGAAACAAAAUUGAAACUGUGGAACAUCACUAACAAGAAUGUGCUACAUCUCCCCACCAUCUUUCAUCAUUUGCCGCAUUUGCUAUCAAAGGAGAACAGCCUACAGCCGGCUGUGCAUGUGGGACAGGGGCGUACUGGAGUAUCGAUAGUGAUGGGGAUCCCCAGUGUCAAGCGAGAGGUGCAUUCCUAUCUUACAGAUACUCUAAACUCUCUGAUCUCAGAGCUCAACCAGCAGGAAAAGGAAGACUCUGUCAUUGUUGUCAUGAUUGCUGAGACGGAUCCCCAAUAUACUAUGGGAGUGGCAGAAAAUAUCAAAAGCCUGUUUCCUAAUGAAAUACAUUCUGGCCUUCUAGAGGUUAUUUCCCCUUCUCCACACUUCUACCCGGACUUCUCCCGCCUCCGGGAAUCUUUUGGUGACCCCAAGGAAAGAGUCAGGUGGAGGACUAAACAGAACCUAGAUUACUGCUUUUUAAUGAUGUAUGCACAGUCUAAAGGCAUCUACUAUGUUCAGCUGGAAGAUGAUAUUGUAGCCAAACCAAACUAUCUCAGCACAAUGAAGAACUUUGCUCUGCAGCAACCAUCUGAGGAAUGGAUGAUCCUGGAGUUCUCACAGCUUGGGUUUAUUGGGAAGAUGUUCAAGUCACUAGAUCUCAGUCUUAUUGUGGAAUUCAUACUCAUGUUUUAUAAGGACAAGCCCAUUGAUUGGCUGCUUGAUCAUAUCCUCUGGGUAAAAGUCUGCAACCCAGAGAAAGAUGCAAAACAUUGUGACAGACAGAAGGCAAACCUGAGGAUCCGCUUCAAGCCCUCACUUUUCCAGCAUGUAGGAACCCACUCCUCCUUGGCUGGCAAAAUACAGAAGCUGAAAGACAAAGAUUUUGGAAAGCAAGCACUUCGAAAAGAACAUGUCAACCCUCCUGCAGAAGUAAGCACCAGUCUGAAAACCUACCAGCACUUCUCCUUGGAGAAAGCAUAUCUGAGGGAAGAUUUCUUCUGGGCAUUUACCCCCACAGCGGGUGACUUCAUACGCUUUCGUUUCUUUAAGCCACUACGCAUUGAACGGUUUUUCUUCCGCAGUGGCAACAUUGAACACCCCGAAGACAAACUCUUCAACACAACCGUGGAAGUCUUGCCCUUUGACAGUCUCCAGUCAGAUAAGGAAGCCCUGCAGGAGGGAAGAGCAACAGCAUUCAAGUACCACAGGACAUCUGACGGCUAUAUACAGAUAGGUUCCUUUUCAAAGGGCAUUGCUGAAGGAGAAGUGGACCCUUCCUUUGGGCCUCUGGAAGCAAUACGACUGACCAUUCAGACUGACUCUCCUGUAUGGAUCAUCUUGAGUGAGAUAUUCCUGAAGAAAGCCGACUGAACUCAAAGAGACAGGGAUAAUGCACAGUGUGACUAUUAGCUCUUCCUCUCCUCUAUGAAACUGCAGACAUAGCAGAAUACGAGGCAGCCUACUCAAAAGGCGCGGGCAUAAGGGCACCUGCUGCUUCAAGAACAGGAAGACAAAGUUGGUGGUGAAACUUGGCAGGGCCGUAGUGUUUCUGGACCACACUUACUAGGAGAAGAGAAGCUCUUUUCAUGCAUGGGUGCUGGACUGAAUUGAAAGGAGCAGCACUAAUGCAGGUCUGUCUUGGAUCUAGCUGCCUGUGCAGCUGCAAAAAGACGACCUUGAACAUUAACUUUCUGUGUAACAGAUUUGUUCUUUUUUGUUCCCUUGAGCAAGAACCACCCGAUUCCCCUGCCUCUUCCUUCCUUCUCUCUCCCCCCCAACUCCCCCCCCCCCGGUGUCAAUUCCUGAAUGUAUCGCUAAAGGGUGCAUUUAGAAAUACGGGUUUAAGGAGGGUGAAGGCUGAGAGGGCAGCUCAGUUGUCAAGCUCUUAUAAGCUGUUCAAGAAGUGCUGAGGCAUUUGGGGGGGGACAGCAGACCCCACGGGCUGCUCCAGACCACAGCCGAGGGUUAAAUAUGAGGGGUAUCUGAUUGAAGGAAAAAAGAGAUUUACGAAGGUGACAGAAUGGCAGGGAAAUUUUUAAAAAACCACACUGUGCCUGCCAGGGUUGUACAUGUGCCCUUCACACAAUACAGUUCCUGUUGAAGUCUCCAGUGUCUUCAUGCCUUGAGAAUGAGUGCAAAAGUCCAUCCUUUUAAAUCCAUAUCUGUUAUUUACUGGUUGGUGUAACUUUUGAAGAAGAAAAAACGUAGGCCAGUUCUCCAAUGGUAGGAAUUAGAGUAAUUUCAUACAAAAAAAAAACCCCAAUGUCUCUAGCUAUACACUGGAAUGCAUUAUACUACUUUAAUGUGCUGUAUUUUUUAUUAUUGGAUACAUUUGAUUUUUAAGUAUAUCUAUAUAAAAUAUAUAUUAAAAUGUGCACUGUAAAUUUUUAAUUCAA